AUGUAUCAAAUACUAAAAUGUGUUUCACAUUUUCAGAAUGAAUGCAUUCUCACAUAUUCUAAAGAGAAGUUAAUAAUAUACACCAAAGAAAUAUUGUAACAUAUGCAAGUACAAACAUCAUGAGAUUUUCCUUAGACUUUUAGGAAUUAUAUGAGUGACAUCGUAGCUGUAGCAACAUCAAGCAAAGGAGUAUUUGUCGUGUUCUGUGAGAGAGAAUUGAUAGCGUAUAAACCUUUACUUAAUGGUUGGGAAUAGAGUUAUAACAAAAAUUGCACAAAUCCUAUUAGAGAUGCAUUUUUUUCUUUUGAUGGUAUAUAUAUAUCAUUCUAUAAAAAUAGAUGAACAUAUUAUUGGUUGUUCAUAAAAUAAACUUCAUAUUUGGAAAGCAACUCAUAAGUAAAAUAGGUUACUUGGUUAAUUAGAUUAAUAUGAAUUAAUAGAUCUGACAGAAAUCUACACAUUAGAAUUAGAAUACUAAAUAGCAAAUGUUAAAUUCUCUCCAGAUGUUCGUUAUUUUACAACUCUUUAUGAAAAUAUAGUUAUUGUAUGGGAUUUCAAUUCAAUCAAAGAAGUUUAAGAAGGAGUUCUAUCACAAUAAUAAAGAGUAAAAUUAGAACAUUAGGAUGAAGUAAUUUCAUACAAAUUUAGAGGUACUCUUAGAAUUGCUCCAUCUCCUUUUCCUACUCCUAAUACUAUUAUUACAUUAACUAAGACCAACUAAUUAACUAUUUGGCAAGAAAUGAUUUAAUGCAAAAAUUUCUGUAAAUUACAUACUAUGCAUUUUGAUUAAAUCUCUUCAUUUUGUUUCAUUUACCUUAAGGGUUAAACACCUUAUCCUUGGAAAAAUAUUUAUUUAGAAGCUGAUUAAUUUGGAGUUUAGGAUACAGAAUAAUCUACUGUUGAUUAUCUACUUUUACAUUAAGAAUCAGAGUUAAGUGUUGUUAAAGUAGAUUUUCUUAGAAAUUAUUCUUUAGAAGAAUCUGUUAAGAUUAUAAAGAAAACUAAAAGUGAUAUUUUCAAGUAAAUCAAGAAAAUUCUUUUAGUAGAUUAAAUUGAAGGGUAAAAAAUUGAAAUUAUUGGAUUUGAUAAUUUAUGGAACUUAGUUAAAAUUUGUGUUAACCUUAAAGAUGAUUCUAAAUAAAUAUUUUAAUGUGAUAAAUUUCUAUUUUAAAAUAUUGUACAUUUUUCUAUAUGUAAAAACUAAGUUGCAAUUAUAAAUGAUUGGAAUUAUUUAUGUUUACAAUCAUUAAAAUUGAAUGGUGUUAUUAGUUAGGAAUAUUAUAUUUCUGAUGGACCAUCAAAGAUUUGGAAAAUUAAUUCGAAUCUAUAAAAAUGUAAAAUCAAUUGUAUAUAGUAGAUUAGUUUAUGUUUAUUACAAAAGAUAAAGUUAAAGAAAAUGAUGUUAUUCUACUCACAUCAUCUAAUGUUUAAUAAUGUUUAGCAUUCAUCAUUUAAUAAAAUGAACUAGUAGAAGUUCAUCUUAACUUAUAUAAUCAUUUAUCAAAUGAUUACAGAGAUAAAAUUACUGAGUUGAGAAAAAUUAAUUAUGAAAUUGAUGAAUUAUAAUUACUAGUAAUAGCAGCAUAAAAAAUUGCAUUAAUUUAAAUAUAAUUUGAAAUAUAUGGCUAUGGACAAAUGGAUUUCUAAGUCUAAGAAUUAAAAACAUGGAAAUUAGAUUUUAUUUUUGAAAGAUUAUAGGUAUUACAAUCUCCAGAACUUUCUUUUAUUUCUAUUAGUGGAAAAUCAUUAAAAGUUUUUAAUGAAUAAAUGUAAUAAAUUGUUUAGAUUUCUAAAAAUUACAAUAUUAAAGAUGUAGGAUAAUUGAGAGGAAAUUAACCUAUCUAUUUUGUGAUGAGUCAUUAAAAUGAAAUUGAUUUUCAUUCUUCAUCUGGUGAAUUUUUAGUUAGAUUCAAUCUCUAAUCAUUUCUUGUUAGAGUAGAUAAGGCACUCUAUGAUGUUUCUAAAGUUAUUGUGUAAGUUGUACCAUUAACUAACUUUGCUUUCAUAUUACAAACAGAUAAUUAUUUGACAGCAUUUGCUAUUCAAUUUGAUAAAAAUGAUUAAACCUAUAAAUUAUCAUCAAUCAAAUAGUAAUUUAAUUUUACUUAUUAUUGUUAGAAAAUAUUUGAAUAAUAGGGAAGGAAUUUAUUGUAAAAGAUUAUCUAAAUGCUCUAAACCAUAAAAUUACAAAUUUUUUACAGUCAAGGAUUGUCUAAUAGUAAAGACUGGACGAAAAGUUAAAGUAUUAGGAAAUUCAUUAAUUCGUUGUUUAGCGGAUAAGUUUUGGAUGCCUAGUACUUUAAGCUAUAAAUUAAUUAAUUAAUAAAGUAUUAAUUUAUAUAUUAUUAAGACAAUGUUUAAUUAUAGGAUUACGAUUUUUUGAGCGAAUUAAUACAACUUGGAAAAUUAUAAUUAGUGUAAUUUAUAUUAAGACUUAUAUGUCUGAAAUUUAAGCAUCAUGGUGCUUUGGGCAAUCAUUUUAUGGUUCCUUAUAAAAAUUUAUUAGAUUUAUAUUAAAUGAUGUCUGAACCAGAACCUUUGUGGGUAGAUGCAAUAAAAAUAUAUGAAACAAAGAAAUUAUAAGAUAAAGAUUAAUUUGAUUUUAAUUUGCCUCCAGUAGAUAUUCUUAAAAAGAUUGCUUAAGAAUAUCCAUUAAAAAUUAAUAUAAUACUUGAAUACUUAAGAUAUUAUGAAGAUAAUUAACGAUCAUUAGACUUUUAUGCUGCUAUGUUUAUGUUCCAUGUGCAUAUCUUUAGGAAUUAACCAAAACAAAAGAGAAAUCGAGUUUUAAGUAGUAAAGAAGUAGUUUGGGCAUUGCAUUCACUUUAAAAAGAAACCCUUUGGUAAGAAUGUAUAGCUAGCUCAGAUGAUUUAUCUUGGAACUUAAUUAAGAGAUAUGCAGCAGUUUUAUGGAUGGAUUUGUCAUUUAUUAGAUAAAGAUUAGAAGAAAUAGCAUUGAAUAUAUAUAAAUAGUCAAAGGAUCCAUUUUAAUCAUUGCUAUAUUUUAUAGUUUUGGGUAAAAAGAGUGUAAUAACAACACUUUUCAAAAAAGAAAUAAAUUCUGGUAAGGAAUAUAAAUCCACUUAUGAAUUUUUACAACAAGAUUUCAGUUUACCUAGAUGGAAAUCAGCAGCUUCAAAAAAUGCAUAUGCUUUAGUGUCUAAAAAAAGAUAUUAAGAUGCAGCUGCUUUUUUUUUAAUAGGAGGACAUUUAAAUGAUGCAGUAAAUGUUAUGGCUAGAUACAUGGAGGAUAUAUAAUUAGCUUAUUUAACAACAAAAAUAUAUGAACCUUAAGGAGGACCUGUAGGAGAAUAAUUAAUUUAAGAUUAUUUUAUUAAAAGUGGUGAAGAGAUGAAUGAUAUUUGGUUAUUGCAUAUUGGUUGUUAUCUUUUAGGAAAAUAUGUUGAAAGUGUUAAUGUUUUAUUAAGAGAACCUGAACAUCAUAUUUUAGAAUAUGAUAAUUUUGGAAAAGCUGUCUGUAUUAGUUGGCCUUCAACAUUUACACCUUAAUUAUCAUACUUUCAUCCUUCAGCAAUACUAUUGGUAGAAAAACUUAAAGAUAAUAUAAAUGUAAAAAGAGAAAUACAAUAAAGUAUUGAUGCAAAUAAAAGGAAAAGUAAAAAAGCAGAGGAUGAUAUCUUUUCUUAAUUUUAUGAAAGUGAAGAAUCAGAAGAAGAAGAAGUUAUUGAAUAAGUUCCAAUUAAAAAAAUAAAUGAUAAUUAAGAAUUUAUAAAAUAAUAGGCAGUAGAAUAUUAUUAUAAUAUUUAAAUGCCUUAAUUAGGAAUGAUAUUUGCUUAAGAUUUAAAUCAAGAAACAGAACAAUCUGAAUAAUUAAUUGAAUUAUAGGUUGAAAUGUAUAUAGUGUAAGCGAUUGAAGAUUAAGAACACUUCACAAAUUAUGUACAGUUAAUGUAAAAACUAGAUGAUUUAGCUAAUUUUACAAAUCACAAUAAAGCUAAACUUUAUGAUAUUGCAUUAAAGAAAUUAAGAUAAUUAAAAUCUCCUUCUCGUUUACUAACAUUUGCUAUUCAUUAUGAUUAAACAGGAUUAGAGGAAUUCAUUUCUUUUUGUUAAGAAACUUAAAGUUUAUUAUAUAGAAUUUGUUUUGAUUAUCCUUUGUCUGAAAAAAGUUAAGAAUAUUAUUUAACAUUUGUACAAAGUCUUUAUGAAAUUGAUGUUGGAUUAAAACUAUUUUAAUAAUCUUAAUAUUAUCAAAAGAAAUUUGAUAACAAAAGAAAAUUGAAUAUAAUUAAGUUAUUGGCAUUGUUUAUGACAUUAAUUUUAGCGUUAGAAUUAAAAUUAUGGGAAAACGCAUUUGAAUAAUUGAGAAAAUUAGAGACUUUCUGCAAUACUGUAAAUAAACAAAAUGUUUAAGAUUGUGGUUAUGAAAAUUUGAGAGAUGAUUUCUGUGAAUUAGUAAAAUCAGUAAUUAAAAAUAAAAGACUCUACUCAAAUAAAGGAUUCAAAGCAUAUAGAAAUAUUGAUGUUUUAUAAGAUGCUUAUCCUGAAGAUUUAUAUAAUGUUAGUGAAUAGGAUUAUUUGUUGAAACAUAAACCAUUAAUACAAGAAUAAGAAUAAUUAAAUUAAUAAUAAAGAUCAGAAAGUCUUGAAGAUUCAUAAAAUUUAGAAAUUAGUUAAGAAAAGACAAUAGAAGAAGAGAAUAUUUAGAAUUAAUUUAUAUAUUUCACAUUUCAAUCUUUGAUUGUCAAAUAUUUUUUGGGAAUAUCUAAGAGUUAUUUUAAAUAAGAAAAGCUGAAUAUUUCAACAACAACAUAUAGUAAUAUAUUUACUAUGGCUGAAUAAUAUGUAAUGACCAGAAAUGAUAUGGUUAUCACUUUAUUAAAAAAUUUGUUAGAUUUUUCAUAAGAAUAAAAUUUUAUUGAAGAUUUAAGAAUGGUAUUAAAAGAGUCAUCAUUUGCUAAAAGUUAAUACUUUAAGUAGCUUGAAAAAAUUUUCAAUCAAAAUCAUUUCUUUUCAAUAUGUACAAAAAUUGGAUUGGAUUAAUAUUUGGAAGAAAUAUCUAUAGGUAGAGUAAAAUAAGCAUUUAAAUAUCCGAUAAGUAAUUAUGAUGAGUAAUCAAUAAUUACUUUUAAAAAUAAAAUUUUUAAGUAAGGAGUUGAAGUGUUUAAAAUUAAGACUGAUCAAAUUAAAAGCAUGUGUAUUAAUAAUGCUAAUCCGAUAGAAGGAUUUGUAUUAUAUGGUAAAUUCUUAAAACAUAUGAAAUUUUAUAAUACUCUUUAACAUAAGAAUAGAUCACUUGAUGGUUAUAAUUUGGUAGAAGAAGAGACAAUUGAUGAAGCUAUAAGAACAGAGCCUUCAUAAAUAAACAAACCUUAUAUAGUAAAAUUAUGUUCUUCAGCUUUGAGUAUUCAAAAUGGAGAAAAAGAAUAAUAUUUAAAAUAAAGGGCAAAUUCAUAUGAAGAAUAUAAAGAUUUUACUGAAAAAGAUUUCAUGGAAAAAUUUUAAAAUUGUUCCAGUAAAUAAAUUCCAGAGGAGGAUUUAUAAUGUUUGACAUCUCAUCCUCAUCUACCAUUAUUUUUAUAAAGUGGAAAAGGAAUGGUUAAUGUAAUGACAUUUAAAUCAUCAUCCUAAGUAGUCGCUGAAUUCAAUACAUAAUCAAGAGAUUAUAUUGAUUCUCUUAAAUUUAAUAAUUCUGGGGAAUUAUUUAUUGGACAUGAUGUUAAUAAUAGUGCUUAUAUUUGGAAAUUAAAUAGAAUAAAUAAACUAAAUACACCACUUUUUUUACUUAACAGUAAAGUAAGACCUACUACUGAUCUUACAUUUAUUAAUGAAGGAACUGUGUUUGCUUCAAUUUAUAGUUCAACUAGUAAACCUCAUUUUGGACUUUAUGAUAUGUUAUUGCCAUCUAAUAGAAAUAUUGUAACAUAAGAGAAUUUUAAUGGAACAGAUAUUUUAUUUUCUACUCCUCUUAAUUCCAUUUUGAUAGGAAAUUAAAAGAAAGGUACUGUUAAUUUUUUAGAUAUCAGAAAAAAUUAAAUCUAUAAGACUCUAGAAGUAACAUAAUAAAUUUAUAUUAAGCUUCCAUUUACAGAAAUAAAGUUUAUGAAACUAAAUCAAUAUUAAACUUCCUUGAUUUGUGCUUGCAAUGAUGGACAAAUUAAAAUCGUUAAUUUAGAAACUUUAUCAACAAUUGUAGAUUAUAAACCAUUUAGAUAAGGUAUAAAAUAUUUAAAGUUUAUAAGAUAAAAAAUAAUAAAUCAUGGCUUUGACAUAGACUGAAAAUGCUACAUAUGCAGCAUCAUCUGAUGGAGUUGUAUCAUUAGUAUAUUUGAAUGCAUGA